GAAGGAGAGGGAGAGGGCGCGAGCUGGUUCGAGCUGCUCGUGCAGAGAUACAUCAGCCUCCAACUCCCGUCAGGCUGCUAGAGCGCGCGCCCCGCGGUCCCCGGGCAGAGGUCGGACUCCGAGCGCUGCGUCUGUGUGCGUGUCAGCGUGGGAUCACUGCCACGCGCCGCCUCUCUGGAGAAGUUCUGUUACCGCGAAGAAGGAUGCCUCAGGAAGAGCUGGAGAGAGACUGGCCGAGAGGAGAAGUUUAAAGUUUGAGCGGACUAAACGUAGCCUUCAGUCAGGGUUGAAGCUCCGCACCUGUCCUCACUCCCGGACUGUCCAUGGAGAACUUGCAGGAGCAGAAAACACCACCUCAGGCUGGAUGCGAACGGGACUCAUGAGCUGGUCCGCCGUGUGAAGUUAAUCUUCUGACAGACAUGCACAUCAUAUAAGUUUUAAAACCAUCUGGACUCAAUUUUUGGCUUGUUUGCCCUUUUCAUAUUUUGUCCUUCUCUGCAUUUUAUUCCGGAUUCCCAAUUCCAUAUAUUCUAUGGGAAGAAGAGAGUAACGGCAUGAACCGAGAUAGAGGCGCGGCAGCGGGGCCUGGAUCGGACGGGGUCCAGGCCGUGAUUGGCCGGGACAGAGCCGCAACAGGAGGGCCUGUGGUAGACACGCUCCAGCCCGCGAUGAGUCGGGACAGGUCGGGAAGCGGGGACGGGGUCCAGACGAUGGUGGGCCCGGAGAGCGGGGAGAUGUUGGACGCAGGCGCCACCGGGGAAAAGCGGCUCUUCUCAGUGGCCGGAAGCAGAGAUCCACAGGCCGUAGAGAACCACACAGAGCCCCCGCCGGUGUUAGCUCCGCCACAACAGGGCCCCACCGGCCACCGUACCACCUCCUUCUCCGUCCUGGACAUCCUGGACCCCAACAAGUUCACGAGCAGCCGACGACACACGUCGCCGCAGCACGUGAGCCGCCGCGGGGAGCGCGAGCUGACCGCGUACGAUGCGGAGAACCGGAGAGGUGUACCCGGAGAGCGCGAGCUCAGCAGCCUGGAGCCCAGCAAGAGUUGCUACGUGGCGGAGGAAUACCAGAGCAAGGAUGGUUUUGUGUACCGAAGUCCAGAUGAGGACUACCACAGACCUGGGACUCCAGACUCUGAGGGUCCAGAUGGGACCUACAGCAGCGAGGAGAGCAGCUCUGCCCUUCCUAGUAAUGGCGACAGAGAGCUGAGCCAGCACAGCCAAUCGGACCACAACAGAGACACAAAGAGCCCCAGUGGAGGCCCCACAGCUCAGAUCACCAACGGUCAGACCAAUGCAGGACAGGGAACCAAACCCAAGAGGAAACGCUCUGGCUCAGACUCGAAGUCAGGGAAGCCCCGCAGAGCCCGGACUGCCUUCACCUAUGAGCAGCUGGUGGCGCUCGAAAACAAAUUCAAGUCCACACGCUACCUCUCAGUGUGUGAGCGCCUCAACUUGGCUCUGUCCCUCUCCCUUACUGAGACCCAGGUCAAGAUCUGGUUCCAGAAUCGGAGGACCAAGUGGAAGAAGCAGAAUCCCGGAGCCGACACUUCAGCCCCCACUGCAGGAGGAGCAGGUGGCACAGGUGGAGGAUCAGGAGGAGGCCUAGGGAGUCUGAGUCCUCUUAGUCCGUCCCCUCCGGUCAACGGGCACCUGGCCAUGCACGCUGGCUACGCCAGCCACCAUCACCCCCCGGCAGGAAGCCUGGUGCAGCUGCCUUUCCUUACUGCCAGCCAUGUCCUGUCUCCGUUUAUGCUGGGAACACAGAGCUACGCUGCGCCUGCCUUCUACAGCACACACCUGUAGAUCCACACACACCUGAGAGGUACAUGCUUAAGAGCACAAGGAGCACAGACAUGAACUGCAGAACAGCAGACCUUUUUACUACCAAUAUCUGAAGGCUUUAAAUCAGUGGAUUAUUUUGAUAGAUUGUGAAUAUGUACCAGAACCUGUACAUAAAUCUAUGUUGUAGCUUUUCCUUGAAUGCUGUUUGGACCUGCGUGAUAGACCAAUAGUUGAGUUCUUCCUUUCUGUUUGAUUUCACGUCUGUAAAAAAACUGAAUGUUUAUUUAAGACUUAAGGAAUGGCUUGAUCUAUUGUCAGUACUGUGUAAUUCCAGCUGUGAUUGUUUUCAUUUCCAUUAUUUAAUGAAUUUGUUCCAGUUGCCAUGAAGACCCUGGAUGUACUGAAUCCUCAGCCCAACAUGAUACUGUCCUUUGAUAUUAAAAAGAUGAAUAAUGAAACCAG